UGAGCCUCAGCCUCGUUACUCAGCACUAAGCAUGAGUGGCUCACCUGCCAACAGGUCCUCCCCAACAUCAGCGAUGACAGCGCUUCACCUCCUCGUCGUCGUGCUCACGGUGGUCACGGCAGUUGCUGAGUAUCACCCGCCCGAGCUGCCAGCAGGUGGCUACGGCAAGUCUUCCAAGUAUGCAAAUAAACCCGACUACAAAAAGACUGAAUACGGAGAUAAACCUACCUAUCCUCCAGUGUACGACAGUAAACCCGACUACACAAAGCCCGAGUAUGGAGGUAAAACCACCCAUGCUCCGGUGUAUGACAGUAAACCCACCUAUAAAAAACCCGAGUACGAAAGUAAAACCACCUAUGCUCCAGUGUACGACAGUAAACCCACCUACAAAAAGCCAGAGUAUGAAGGUAAAACCACCUAUGGUCCAGUUUAUGACAGUAAAACUACCUACAAAAAACCCGAGUACGAAGGUAAACCUACCUAUGCUCCAGUGUACGACAGUAAACCCGACUAUGAAGUCAAACCUAAUUACGGUCCAGUGUAUGACAGUAAACCCUACGAAGAUAAGUUUACCGCUGGUUCAGUGCCAGAGGCAGAUGUUCAGAGGGCCAACGACGUCGUCAUAACUUUGUUUGGCUCUACUGACGAGCUGAUUAAAGAGUUGAACACUUACCAGACUCUCAUUGGAGUUGCUGCCGAGCGUCUAAGCCUCAUCAACCAAAGAACUCUCCCAGCACUCACACUCGACAACUCUCAGACAGACGCUGCUAUUUCUCUCUUGGUGGAAAUGAUUGACUCACUGCGGGACCGCGCAGCCCGUGCUGACGUCACAGCAACCGCAGCCCUUGCUUCCGCCAACGCCUCCAGUGACGUCAUUAGGCAGCAGCGCGCCCUGGUGGCGCAGAUCUCAAAGAACAACACGGACGACGCCCGCAGCAUCGCUCAGUUCCAAGGCGACCUGAGGAACUUGGAGGCUUACUUCCUGAAAGAACUGGACACACAGAUCGGCCAGCUGACCUCUCUGUUGGCAAAGGAGCGACAGAACCUCAAGACCGUCACCGCCUUCGUGAACGGCCGCAAGUGCGAGUAUGGCUUUGUCGUCUUGGUGUCUGGGAUCGACACAGUGUCAGUACCGUUUGAAACCGCGUUUACUCAACCCCCGACCGUCGACUUUGUCCUCUCGGGAUAUUCUUCAUCUAUCGACGCCCAGUUCUUCUCUCAUGACGAUUACCCACCACGGGCCACCAAUGGCGAUAACUCUCAGGGAGACGACUCAUCACACAAAAGCACCGACCAGAAUGUCCAGAUUGUAGUCUCUGACGUCACGGCUCGAGGGUUCACGGCUCGGGUCAUCAACUCAAGUCCGGACAACUUCCAGUCUGCACGUGCCGUGUAUGUAGCGUGCCAAAACCUCAACAAUGAGCUCCGCCUGUAGGUUUCCUGUCACCAUGACAACGGUCUAUAUGGUGCCCUACCUUCCCCUAUGCUGGGAUCUGUGCAGUCACCAUAGAAACUGUAGAAAAUCCUUCAAACGACAAGCUUACAGCUUACACCUUGAUGAUUAAUUAACGAUGAAUAUGAUUGUGUAGUUAUGCAUUUAUGUGAUCAAAUUUGGAAAAGUGCAAAGCAAGCAUUUUUAUUUGCUUUUGUUCUUAUUUACUAUUUGGGAAUUUUUUGUCUACAAUCUUUUAUUCUUGUUCUAGUGGAAACAAGUAGAUUUAUUAUUAUUUUCUUUAAUUGUUUAGUGUUUAAUAUGCAACUACUCUGACCCAAUUUUUAGCAAAUAUUAGCUGCCUUUAGCUACUUAAAUAUUGUCUUAGCUUGUAAAUAUUCUUGGAUUUAUGUGCUAUCAGUAAGACGUUUAUUCACCUGCCAAAUGCACGCCUGUUUCAUUAUUCUUUGAUUGACCAGAAAGUGGAACUUCAUCCCUGUAACCUGUGUUUUACGCCAAAGUCAUGAAUGUGUCUUGAAUAUAAAAUGUUAACAAACCAAGAUGUUGUGUUU